AUGGAAGAGGCUGCGGAUGAAGCUUCAUCAAAGAUGAAAGACUCUCAACUUGGCAAAGAACUUGAUGGACUCAUCAAAGAAACCAUGGAAGAACUGAGCAAUUAUGCUGAAGAUCUAAAGAGCAAGGUUGGUCCCAUGGCUCAAGAUGCUAACCAACGAUUUACUGAUGAGAUAUCUGCUCUUGCUGACAAGCUGAAGAACGACAUGGAGGACACCAAGACAAGAGCCAUACAGUACUCUGGAGAUCUGAAAUCCAUGUUCGAUCAGAACAUCGAAGAUGUCCAAGGAAAGGUUAGUAUGUACAUGAAGAAACUAAAAAAACGCCUUGCGAAGGACAGCGAAGACCUCAAGAGUAAACUCAACCAGUAUGGAGAUGACCUGAGCAAGAGCACCCAGGAGAAAGUGGAAAAUCUCCGCAAAAAUGUGGAGCCAAUUGUUAACAAUUUGAAGAAGAAAGGACAACAGCGCCUUCAGUCUCUGAAAGAUGCCAUGGAUGAGCAAGGAAAACAGCUGAGAGAUCGAUUUGCCUCAGUGGCCAAGGACGUCCAAAGCAAAGUUAAAAAGAUGGCCUCAGAUGUGAAAAGCAGCGUGGACAAACUGUCAGACCAGGUGCGCAAAUGGUUCAACCCCUCUGUAGAAAACCUCCGUAACCAGCUUCAGAACCUGGCCAAGAGCUUGCCACCCAAGAAACAGUAA